AUGACCGACUACGCCAAACUCAAGGUCGACGAGCUGCGCUCGCUCCUCAAAGAGCGCUCUCUCGCCCACAACGGCAACAAGGCUGAGCUCGUUGCGCGUCUCAAGGAAAGCGACACCACUGCCACCGGCGCGACCUCGAACGAACCAUCUACAACAGCCGCGGCCGCGUCAGGACUUGCGCCUCCUCCCGAGGACGAAAUCGACUGGGAAGACGACGCCGGCGGCGCAGAUACUGCUUCGAAGCCCGCAACCAGCGAACCUGCCGCUGCGGCCGUCGCAGCUGGAGGCGUCGGCACCGUAGCCAAUCCCACAGCUGUACCCAACCAACAAGUCGACAUUGACCCGUCAACGACACACGACUUGACAGUCAAAUCGCCCGGCGAACCCAAGCCGGAGGUUACAUCUCCCACCCAGCAACCCACUGCCGAUGCGGGCAAGCCUGAAUCCGCCGAACAACCCAGCGCUGAACCUACUGAAACGCCCGCCGCCCCGGCAGUCGAUUUCACUACCGGCCUCGCCAAGACAGACUUGGAAGCCGAGCUGGAAAAGCGGAAGAAGCGAGCUAGUCGGUUCGGCAUCCAAGAGAGCGACGAAGACGCGCUGAAAGCAAUAGAGCGAGCGAAGCGCUUUGGCACAGGCACCGCGGACGAGCACGCUGUCAAGGGCCUCGAUGAGGCGCUCCCCGAGCGAAGAGGCAGGAAGCGCAGUCACGAAGGUGGUGACCUUGAGCAGCGCGGCGGCCGCAAGCGACGCGGUCGUGGAGGCCGCGCCGGCGGUGGUGGUGGUUCUGGCGGAAGAAGGAACGGAACUGGAGCUGGACCUGGCGCUGGCGCUGGCGCUGGCGCUGGGCCAAAGGCGGGACCGAAGAUUUCAGAAGAAGAUAGGAAGAGGGCAGAAGAGCGGAAGAAGAGAUUUGCCACGACGACAGCUUAG